AUGCUAACUAGAGAAAUCAUCCAAACUUCAGUUGGGGAGGUAACUAGGACAACCAGAAAUAGAACUAUCAGUCAGCCUAAUUUUGCACCUGAACCAAAGAGUAAAAUGGAGGAAAUGAUGAAGAAAAUGAUGGGAUAUAUUCAGAAGAUAAUGACCAAUCAGCAGAAUUUCAAACAAAAGAUAAUAGCCAAAAAUCAUACGCGUGACAUGAACAUAUGUAAUCUGGAUAGGCUAGCUGAAGUAGAGAAAGAGGCAGUUGCAAAAGAUGAGGUUAUCGAGAUAGAAAGGGUGGCAAAGAUACCAUUGAUAAAGCAGCCACAGCCAGUGGUUGCCAAACCACCACCUUCAUUCCCUCAUAGGUUGGCAAAGAAGAAGGAAGAGGCUAAGUACAAAAAGUUUCUUGAUUUACUGAAGCAUUUACAUGUGAAUGUCCCCUUAGUGGACAUGCUGCAAGGGAUUUCGAAAGAAGCUAAUUACAUCAAGGACAUCGUAGCAAAAAAGAUUCAUUUCACAGAGUAUGCCAAAGUUGUACUUACUGAGGAGUGCACGUCUCGUAUUCAAAACAAACUUACUACAAAGCUGAAAGACUCAGAUAGUUUCACUAUCAAAAUCGCUAUUGGAAAGAAAUUUAUUGCAGAUGCAUUAUGUGAUCUUGGGGCUAGUAUCAACCUGAUACCAUCAUUUAUGUUCAGAAAAUUAGAGUUGGGAAACCCAAGACCUACUACUAUUGUUUUGCCGCUGGCAGCCAAAUCUUUGGCCAGGCCCGAGGGUAUUAUUGAAGAUGUUCUUGUGCAGGUUGGGUCUCUCAUAUUUUCGGUAGAUUUUGUUAUCUUGGAUUUUGAACCAUAUUCGAAAGUCCAAUUUAUUUUGGGGCGUCCAUUUUUUGCCACAGGAAGAGAAUUGAUUGAUGUUGCAGCAUGGUAG